CAACAGACAGUGUGCCAAGUAGAAUUGAAUGCAGAUGAUGGAAUAGGAUAGGAUCGGAUCCUUCAUAUUGGAAUGGGCAUUUGGGCCCAUUUCCAUCAAUUAAUUAACUAACCAAUUCUUAUAAGUAUAAAUUUAUUUGAAAAUAAGACAGGAGAAAGCAGAAAACGCUUACGCACUCCGCUUUUGGUUCCAUUCCCUCGUUCGCUCGCUCGCACGCACCGCAUCGCAUUCUUUCUCCGCAUUUCCUUACUCCCUUCUUCCAUUAGUAGUAGAUUUAGAGAGAGAGAGAGAGAGAGAUGGCGGGAGUGGGUGGUGUUGUAGGAGGAGUGAUACUGGACGAGUCUGUACUUUUGGCCUCACAACAACUCCAGCAUCCCGAUUCUUCUUCUUCUUCUCAUAGCAGCAGCAAUUGUGCCUCCUUCCAACCAGACGCCCACUUUUUGCUCCGUAAGCUCCGCCAUUCCAACAUCCCUACGGUUUGUAUUCUUAAAGAGGUGGCGACACAGUAUUCAAUCCAUUGCUUCAUCUUGGAUGCGUCCUCUAUAGAUGAUACUACACGAGAGGUCAAGCUAGCUUGGAGUAACAUUGGAGGCUGUAUUUUGUAUCUGGUUUCUAACAAGAAGAGAGACAUCUAUCCUAAACUAAGCAAAUGCGGUUGGCUGAUCACCAUUCUAAAUGUUGAAGGCAGCAGUGCAUGUGAGAAUUCAAGCAUGGUUUAUAUCAACAAACUACAGGAGUUGCCUUUGACUAUUUGCCACAUAAAUAGAAAGGCAAUUGGGAACAGUGUUGUGACUGUUGGUUAUAUUAUGAAGCCUUCUCGUGAAGAAGAUUUUGCUAAGAGGGGUGCAUUCCCUAUGUAUCCUACUCAAGAUGGGCUGAUGUUUGUUCCCCUCACAUUUGAGCUCCCUCUAUCACCUCAGUUACAAGAAGUUGAUGUAGUACUCCACAAAGCAACUGAUGAAAUUAUAUCCAUUGAUUUGAAUAGUUCUUUACAGUCCUCUAACACCAUAACUUACAGCAGGGGGAUGCAGGAAUUGCAAAGAUAUAUGGAACAUCACUUGGACCUCUGUGUGAUUGACCCACUUAACUAUAUUUAUCCUGUACUGGAUCGAUUGAAAAUUCAACAGAUUCUACUUGGGUUGGAGGAUCUCAAAACCAGAGGUUGCCGUGCAAUUAGGGGGGCCAAUUUUCUCAAGGUUUAUGAUUUUAACCAGGCUGGUUUGAUUCAAAGCCUAUCUGAAGCUAAAUUAGCUCUUCCAAGUAUAGUAAAACCUCAAGUUGCUUGUGGUGUAGCCGAUUCUCACAGUAUGGCAAUUGUUUUUAGAGUUGAAGAUUUCAAGGAUUUGACUGUUCCUCUUCCAGCAAUUAUACAGGAAUAUGUGGAUCAUUCAUCAACACUCUACAAAUUUUACGUCUUGGGUGAAAAAGUUUAUCAUGCAGUUAAGAACUCUACUCCAAAUGCAGAUACCUUGAUGAAAUUAUCUGGAAGUAAUGAGCUCAAACCCUUGGUCUUUGACAGCUUGAAAUCUCUACCUACUACCAAGGGAAACCCAAAUUCUGGAGAUGGUAAUAGCUCAAAGGACACUGAUCACUGCAUUGAUCUCGAGCUGGUUACUAGUGCAGCUAAUUGGCUUAUGAGAAAGCUUGAACUGACUAUCUUUGGCUUUGAUGUUGUUAUUCAGGAAGGCACUGGUGACCAUGUCAUUGUUGAUGUAAACUACCUUCCCUCAUUCAAGGAAGUUCCCAAUGAAGUUGCCAUCCCUGCGUUUUGGGAUGCUAUUAAGAAGAAAUUUGAAUUGAAAAGGACGACAUGAGCAACUGCUAGUGUUUUGACUUGUACCUGCAAGUAGUUGGUUUGUUAACAUGAAGUUUGAUAAUGACAACGGAUUUACAGAGGCAAGAGUUCGUGUAAUAGAAUUGCAUUUUAUUACUUAAAUUGCACUCUAUCUCAAGAACUCUAAGCAAUGAAACCUUCUUCUUCCUUUUUGGUCA